AUGGCCGAGCUCACUGCUCCGUACGGACACCAGGGGGAGCUACCUCCAGAGUUCACGCCAUCAUCCACCCAAGAAGCACUGCCUAAAGACCCUCUCCGAUCAGCUCUGGACCACCUUAAAACUCUGGACCACCUUAAAACUCCAUCUCCAGAGGUCAUGACGUCAUCCACCCAAGAGAGUUCAAAAAAAGACCAGGAGGAGCGUGCACCUCCUCACUCCACACAGUCUGCACCUCCUCAACCCACAGAGCCUGUACCGCCUCACGCCACACCGUCUGAACCUCCUCACCCCACACCGUCUGAACCUCCUCACCCCACACCGUCUGCACCUCCUCACCCCCACACAGUCUGCACCUCCUUACCUCCACACGGCACUCCUCACCUGUUCCCCAGUGUCCAGGUCACACCCCUCUCUGAGAACGGAAUCGCACAGUCUCCACAAGUCGCUCCUCUUAAGGAGGAGGUGGAGGAAGCAGCUGGAGCACUAAAUGUGGUGGUGAAGGAAGCAGCUGGAGCACUGACGGAGGAGGUGGAGGGAGCAGCUGGAGCACUGAAGGAGGAGGUGGAGGGAGUAGCUGGAGCACUGAAAGAAGAGGUGGAGGGAGCAGCUGGAGCACUAAAGGCGGUGAAGGGAGCAACUGGAGCACUGAAGGAGGAGGUGGAGGGAGCAGUUGGAGCUCUGAAGGAGGUGAAAGAGGAGAAGGAGGAAGUCUCUGAGAGCAAAACUACAGAUGGCCCCAGUCUCCCCAUCAUCCAUGAACCAGAGACGGAACCUGAGUGUCCCCUGGCCCCGCCCCUGGGCCCCCGGGUUCCGGCCCCUGACUCCCUGAGUUACCUGGAGUCUGCAAGUGUAAUGUCUGGGACCAUGGAGUCUCUGAGCGGCCUAGACGACUGCAGCUCUGUGGGCUCUGACUCUGAGGUUAACGGGCUCUCGGUCAAGAGGACCGACAAAUACGGCUUCCUGGGAGGGAACCAGUACAGCGAGAGUGGGGAGAAGGAGGUGCGUGUGGAGGUGUCCCGUCAGAGGGAGAUGAAGUGGCUUGACAUGUUCAACCACUGGGACAAGUGGGUGAAGCACCGCUUCCAGAAGGUGAAGAUGCGCUGUAGAAAGGGCGUCCCAUCGUCUCUCAGAGCAAAGGCCUGGCAGCUGCUCUCCAACAGCCAAGAGCUGCUGGAGGCCAACCCCGGCAAGUUCGAGGAGCUGGAGCGGGAGCAGGGGGAGGCGAAGUGGUUGGACAUCAUCGAGAAGGAUCUGCAUCGACAGUUCCCUUUCCAUGAGAUGUUCGCCGCACGAGGAGGACACGGACAACAGGACUUGUUCCGGAUCCUUAAAGCCUACACAGUGUAUCGUCCGGAGGAGGGGUACUGUCAGGCCCAGGCUCCUGUGGCAGCAGUCCUGCUGAUGCACAUGCCUGCUGAGCAAGCGUUCUGGUGCCUGGUGCAGAUCUGUGAGAAGUAUCUGCCUGGAUACUACAGCGCGGGGCUGGAGGCCAUCCAGCUGGAUGGUGAGGUGUUCUUCUCGCUGUUGCGCCGCAUCAGCCCCAUGGCGUAUCGUCACCUGAAGAAAUUUAAGAUCGACCCCAUUCUCUACAUGACAGAGUGGUUCAUGUGCAUCUACUCCAGGACCCUGCCCUGGUCCUCAGUGCUCAGGGUCUGGGACAUGUUCUUCUGUGAGGGGGUGAAGAUAGUGUUUCGUGUGGGGCUGGUGCUCCUGAAGCAGAUGUUGGGGUCAGUGGAGAAACUGAGGGAGCUGCAGGGGAUGUACGAGACCAUGGAACGUCUGAGGAACAUCGCCCCCGACAUGAUCAGGGAGGAGGUGCUGGUGCAGGAGAUCGUGACCCUCCCCAUCACUGAGUCUCUGAUUGAGCGUGAAUAUGGCGUCCAGGUGAAGAAGUGGCGCGAGUCUCGCGGCGCACUAACCCAUGAACCCGGGCGCCGCCUGCACGGUACGCGUCACGUUUACGAGCACAAGCGCCGUGCCUCCUCCCUGGCAUCAGGAGGCUCCUUCUCCUUUCUCAGUAGCAGUGCUCCUCCUCCUGGACCUCUGCGUGCCUCCUCCUCUCUGCUCUCACUCCCUGGCUUCAGGAGGUCGAAACCCUUCUAUGCGCAGCCCAAAAAAGCCUCAUUCUCCGGGCCGAGCGUCGCGUCUCCCCCACAGUCUCCUCCAGCGAUGGGGAACAACAGCAACAAGCCUCCCCUGCCUCCCCCCAAGAGUGCACACGUCCAGAGCCCGCUGGCAUCAAGCUGCGCCAAGGGAGAGGCGCACGCUAUUGAGCCACACGCUAACGAGCAACACGCUAACGAGCCACACGCUAACAAGCCACACGCUGACGAGCCUCACGCUGACGAGCCUCACGCUGACGAGCCUCACGCAAACGAGCCUCACGCAAACGAGCCUCACGCAAACGAGCCUCACGCAAACGAGCCUCACGCAAACGAGCCUCACGCUAACAAGCCACAUGCUAACAAGUCCGCAGAUAACGCCCUCCAAGCUAACACCCUGUCGCCCAGAGUGGUCUCGGAGCAGAUCACGCAACAGAUACCGUCCCCCACGGCUAACAACGCUCCUCUGCUCGCGGCUGACCUCAAACCUGAGGAAGAGGAGGCCAAAAAGGGCGGGAAAAAGUCCAAGGAGGAGAGGAAGAAGAAGGAGGAGGAGCGCCGGCGGCAGAAAGAGAAACGUGACAGGGAGAAAGCAGAGAAAGAGCGCUCCAAGAAAGAGAGAGAGCGGCAGGAGCGUGAGAGGAAACGCAGCGGCAAGAAGAAGACAGGAGGUGCUGAGGAGGCAGGGGGUGCAGCAGGAGGUGCAGCUGCCAAAGACAGAGUCUGA